GCCAAAGCUCGCGGUCGCUCUGAGGCGCGCGCCGGCGGUCCUCGGCCGCUCGGGGUACCUGAGGGACGCGCGGCCGCCUGCGGCCGGCGCCGCAGCCCUUUGGAGCCCGGCGCCCGGAUCUGAGAUAUUUCAAUCAAAAGAAGAAAUAGCUCUUCUCCUAAGAUGGAAUCUGUGAUUUGGGAAUGUGGUUGAUCAACUUGAUAUGUUGGCCAAAUGUGCCCUAUGUAAUAAAACGAAAAGAAGAGACAAGAUGAUGUCAUUUGCCUGUGUUGUGAAACCAAAAACAAAUGCCUUUUGUGAGACCAAGCUAACAAACCUCUGAUGGUACAAAGAGUAUUUAACUUUUGAAGAACUUAACAGUAAGAUAUAGAAGAAGUACUUUCAAGCUGAGACCUGCAGGUGUAUAUUGAUCUAAAAUAUAUACUGAGUAGGCCUGAUCAUCUGAAUUUCAUUCAGAUCAAGGAAGAAUGGCUAUGAGUUGGAUGGUCUUCUCUCUUUGGCUCUUGACUAUGUUUGUGGGGCAUAUAAGUGGGCACAGUUUGUUUUCUUGUGAACCUAUUACGUUGAGGAUGUGCCAGGAUUUGCCUUAUAACACUACCUUCAUGCCUAACCUUCUGAAUCAUUAUGACCAACAGACAGCAGCUUUAGCAAUGGAGCCAUUCCACCCAAUGGUGAAUCUGGAUUGUUCUCGGGAUUUCCGGCCAUUUCUCUGUGCACUCUAUGCUCCUAUUUGUAUGGAAUAUGGACGUGUCACACUUCCCUGUCGUAGGCUGUGUCAGCGGGCCUAUAGUGAGUGUUCGAAGCUCAUGGAGAUGUUUGGUGUCCCUUGGCCUGAAGAUAUGGAAUGCAGCAGGUUUCCAGAUUGUGAUGAGCCAUAUCCUCGACUUGUGGAUCUGAAUCUAGUUGGAGAUCCAACUGAAGGAGCCCCAGUGGCAGUGCAGAGAGAUUAUGGUUUUUGGUGUCCCCGGGAGUUGAAAAUUGACCCUGAUCUUGGUUAUUCUUUUUUACACGUGCGUGAUUGUUCACCUCCUUGUCCAAAUAUGUACUUCAGGAGAGAAGAACUGUCGUUUGCCCGCUAUUUCAUAGGAUUGAUUUCAAUCAUUUGCCUUUCUGCAACGUUGUUUACUUUUUUAACUUUUUUGAUUGAUGUCACAAGAUUCCGCUAUCCUGAAAGGCCUAUUAUAUUUUAUGCAGUCUGCUACAUGAUGGUAUCAUUAAUUUUCUUCAUUGGGUUUUUGCUUGAGGACCGAGUAGCCUGCAAUGCAUCCAGUCCUGCACAGUAUAAGGCUUCCACAGUGACACAAGGAUCUCAUAAUAAAGCCUGUACCAUGCUUUUUAUGGUACUCUAUUUUUUCACAAUGGCUGGCAGUGUGUGGUGGGUAAUUCUUACCAUCACAUGGUUUUUAGCAGCUGUGCCAAAGUGGGGUAGUGAAGCCAUCGAGAAGAAAGCACUGCUAUUUCAUGCCAGUGCAUGGGGCAUUCCUGGAACUCUGACUAUCAUCCUUUUAGCGAUGAAUAAAAUUGAAGGUGACAAUAUUAGUGGCGUGUGUUUUGUUGGCCUCUACGAUGUUGAUGCAUUGAGAUAUUUUGUUCUUGCUCCCCUCUGCCUAUAUGUGGUAGUUGGGGUUUCUCUCCUUUUAGCUGGCAUUAUAUCUCUGAACAGAGUUCGAAUUGAGAUUCCAUUAGAAAAGGAGAACCAAGAUAAAUUAGUGAAGUUUAUGAUCCGGAUUGGUGUUUUCAGCAUUCUUUAUCUGGUACCACUCUUGGUUGUAAUUGGAUGCUACUUUUAUGAGCAAGCUUACCGUGGCAUCUGGGAAACAACAUGGAUACAAGAACGCUGCAGAGAAUAUCACAUUCCUUGUCCAUAUCAGGUCACUCAGACGAGCCGUCCAGACCUGAUUCUCUUCCUGAUGAAAUACCUGAUGGCUCUCAUAGUUGGUAUUCCCUCUGUUUUUUGGGUUGGAAGCAAAAAGACAUGUUUUGAAUGGGCCAGUUUUUUUCAUGGUCGUAGGAAAAAAGAGAUAGUGAAUGAGAGCCGGCAGGUGCUCCAGGAACCUGACUUUGCUCAGUCACUCCUGAGGGACCCAAACACGCCCAUCAUAAGAAAAUCAAGGGGCACUUCCACUCAAGGAACAUCCACACAUGCUUCCUCAACCCAGCUGGCUAUGGUAGAUGAUCAAAGAAGCAAAGCAGGAAGUGUCCACAGCAAAGUAAGCAGCUACCACGGCAGCCUCCACAGAUCGCGCGAUGGCAGGUACACUCCCUGCAGUUACCGAGGAGUGGAGGAGAGACUACCUCACGGCAGCACAUCACGACUAACGGAUCACUCCAGGCACAGUAGUUCCCACCGGCUCAACGAACAGUCACGGCAUAGCAGCAUCAGAGACCUCAGCAACAACCCCAUGACUCACAUCACACAUGGCACCAGCAUGAAUCGUGUUAUCGAGGAGGAUGGAACCAGUGCUUAGUUUGUCUUGUCUAAGGUGGAAAGUUGUGCUGUUUAAAAAGCAGAUUUUAUUCUUUGCCUUUGCAUGACUGAUUGCUAUAGCUAUUAUCCUGCUUUCAGUCAGGUGCAGAUUGUGUCCAUUGGGAAGGUGAAUUUUUGCUUUUUAUAUUGCAUCAAACUUGGAACAUCAAAGCAUCCAAAAUACUAAACAUUAUAUCAUCACAAAAAUAAGUCUUUCUAGGUUGUGAAGAGAUAAUUAUUUGUCUGGUAAGCAUUUUUAUAAACCCACUUAUUUUAUAUUUAGGAAAAUUCUAAGUGUGUGGUGACUGCUUUGUAGUGAAAUUUCAUAUAAUAUGAACUAGUUGUGAGAUAACAUUCUGGUAGCUCUGUUAAUACAACAAAGUUUCAGAAUUAAAGAAAUUUUCUAUGCAAGGUUUAUUUCUCAGAUGAAUAGUAGGACUUUGUAGUUUUAUUUCCACUAAAUAAAAAAAGAACUGUUUUUAAAGUGUAGGAAAAUUUAAUAAAUCAGCAAGGGUAUUUUAGCUAAUAGAAUGUAAGUGCAACAGAAGAAUCUGAUUCACCUGUGGAGAUUCUCUCAAAAUUCUAUAAAAGUAAUCCAGAGAUAUUCAGGAUUUGGAUAAACAAUGGAUAAACAGAGAGAUGGGCAUUUUUCCCUAUAAUUGUGUUGCUUUUAUUACUUUUGUAAAUAUUACUUUUAUUGGCUGUGUUUUUAUAAUAUCCAUAUGCAUGAUGGAAAAAUUUUAAUUUGUAGCCAUCUUUUCCCAGGUAAUACUAUUGAGUCAUAGAACUUCAUGUUCAGAUCUGCUGUGUGGAGGCAUGUAGUAGCAUCACACAUUAUAAGG